GGCAAGACAGCCGAGUGCACGCAGUACCAGCAAAUCCUGCACCGGAACCUGGUGUACCUGGCCACGAUCGCAGACUCCAACCAGAACAUGCAGUCCCUGCUUCCUGCCGUGAGUACCCGCUGGGGUGGCCCCCUUUACCCAGCAAGGACCCCGACACUGCCUAAAAUCGGGAGUUGUGGGCAUGUCACCUCAGGUAACAGAGAUGACUCAGAGAAACCAAAAAUACCACUAGAGUCACCAGAAAUGGGAGUGUGGGCGGUGGUGACCAACCCUUCCUGACAGACUGGGGGUAACGACGGCGUCUGAGGUGGCCGGGUCGGAACUGUGGUUCAGCCUCUGUAUGUAUUGAAGGGAGGGAAGUCCCGGAAGAACCACUGUAGGAACAGCCGCAGCUCUCGGGUCGGGGGUGGGGAGAGAUGGGAUGGGGGCCCCUGCGUCUCCCUGGAACCUCUCCGGAUGCUUUGAGCAGUUGUGAACCAUGCACAUGCGCUGCUGUGGGUGAAAACAGAACUUAAAAGAAAACGUGCCCAGCACAGUAAAUUCUCCCAAUGAUAGUUCAAAUAUUUUAUUUUGUUUGAUUUUUUAAAAAUGCAUUUUUCCAAAAUUAAAUUGUCACCGGGAGUGCCGUAUCUCCUAGCGACCCUUAGUCCUCGGCAAGCGAUGAUGUAAAUGCCAGGAUGCAUUUCGUGAGUAAAAAUGUUAAACCCACCUCCAUUGACCUGUCACAUUGCAGUUCUUCACCCUGCAGACACCCGCAGGUCCUGGUGGAAAUUUCCUUUUUUUGGCCAGCUGUAGACAGCGUGUGUGUGCAUACCUCCAGAGCUGCUGUUUGACCUUGAUCUGGGAGAGUGCUGAGGGUCACUGCACACUCCCUUCCGUGUGGUGUGAUCCAAGCCGCCCACGCAGAACAUGAACCUGGGCCCUGGAGCCCUGACUCAGAGUGGCUCCAGCCAGGGCCUGCACUCCCAGGGCAGCCUGAGUGACGCCAUCAGCACGGGCCUGCCACCCUCCUCCCUCCUGCAGGGCCAGAUUGGCAACGGGCCGAGCCAUGUGUCCAUGCAGCAGACGGCGCCUAACACGCUACCCACCACCUCCAUGAGCAUCUCGGGGCCUGGCUACAGCCACGCGGGGCCCGCCUCACAGGGCGUCCCCAUGCAGGGGCAAGGCACCAUCGGCAACUACGUGUCUCGGACCAACAUCAACAUGCAGUCCAACCCAGUCUCCAUGAUGCAGCAGCAGGCGGCCACGUCGCACUACAGCUCGGCUCAGGGCGGCAGCCAGCACUACCAGGGCCAGUCGUCCAUCGCCAUGAUGGGGCAGGGCAGCCAGGGGAGCAGCAUGAUGGGGCAGCGGCCUAUGGCGCCCUACCGGCCCUCCCAGCAAGGCUCUUCCCAGCAGUACCUGGGCCAGGAGGAGUACUAUGGCGAGCAGUACAGCCACAGCCAGGGCGCCGCAGAGCCCAUGGGCCAGCAGUACUACCCCGACGGCCACGGCGAUUAUGCCUACCAGCAGUCAUCCUACACGGAGCAGAGCUACGACCGGUCAUUCGAGGAGUCCACACAGCACUACUACGAGGGGGGAAACUCCCAGUACAGCCAGCAGCAGGCUGGGUACCAGCAGGGCGCCGCGCAGCAGCAGACCUACUCCCAGCAGCAGUACCCCAGCCAGCAGAGCUACCCCGGGCAGCAGCAGGGCUACGGGCCUGCCCAGGGAGCCCCGUCACAGUACCCCAGCUACCAGCAAGGCCAAGGCCAGCAGUACGGAAGCUACCGAGCACCGCAGACAGCGCCGUCUGCCCAGCAGCAGCGGCCCUACGGCUAUGAACAGGGCCAGUAUGGAAAUUACCAGCAGUGAGGGACACACGUUCUGGCUGGAGCCCUUGUGGUAGCGUGUUCAUCCAGGGGCCGGAUGGGCUGGCGGCAGCUCUGGUGAACUGUGACAUGUUGGUUACCCUUUCGCCCAGUGCCACGUCUGCAUGUGAAGCGUGCUCAUUUCAUGCUGGGUAUGACGCCGAGCGCGCACCCCUGGCGCGAGACAGCGCUUGGUGGUGUGAUACUUUUGGUGCUGUGUAUAGUAUUGUAUGUCGGUACAUGGAGAGGUGUCCUUUUUUUGUCCCCCUGCCCCCUUCUCAAUGUUCCUAGCUAGCUUUGGGGGCCAUUUUGUCAUCAGCAUUCUGUACCCAGGGGCAGGACAGAUCUCGAGGACACCACAGUCCACCUGUUCCCGUCAGCAGACCUUAGGUCUCGUUCCCUCCCCGUGCAGUGUUGUCGUGUGGGUUGUCAACUUCUCUUUAACUGGCUACACCACAGCUGGACACACACAGCCCCUGGAGGGCAGCCUCUUCCUGUGCCUCGAUGGGGUGGGUGGGAGGGCAUCUUCUGUGUGUUGGGCCAGUUUCUGUUACAUAACGAAAAGGAUAAGCACCUCCCACGGGAGAGGCCACAGAUGGCCACUUCCAGAGCUUGCUCAUCGCCUGUCUCUCGCCAGCUCCGUUUAUCCAAAAAGGUACAUAGUUUUGAAUUAAAAAGUAAACAGGGAUCAGUGACUGUAUUCCAGAUAAAUAUGAAACAUAGUUUUGAAUUAAAAAGUAAACAGGGAUCGGUGACUGUAUUCCAGAUAAAUAUGAAACAUAGUUUUGAAUUAAAAAGUAAACAGGGAUCGGUGACUGUAUCCCAGACAAAUACGAAUCCCUAAGGGCCGCGGGCGAGUCGCCUAACCCGGGGCCGGCGGCAUUGCUGAGGGAAAGAGGCAGCUCUCUGGGUUACUCUGGCUCUGACCCUUGUUCAGCUGAUGGUCAUUUCUGGGAUUGGAAUAGUUAAUACGCCCGAUUCUAAGUUGAUAGGUAAUUUAAAAUAUUCAAAUCAAAUUUUCCAAACAGUUGGCAAGUUGUUUAUUUUAUAUUAUUUCUUCCAGGACCUACUUGCUCAGAUCUCCAAGCAAGCAUUUCUUUUCUUUUAGGGAUGUCUGAAAGUCACAUCCACUAACAUUACUGUGUUCUUUCUAAUGAAAAGUAAAGGUUUUUUAUAGAGAAACUUGAGUAAUUUUUACAUUUCUAGGACAUUAAAUCCCAUUUAAAUUCUGUGUGAACAUUAAAGACAGCACACUUGCAAAAGUAUGGUCAAAGGAAAAAAAAAAUCCCACAUUUCCAUUAAUAAGUAGCAUGGACUUUUGAUCAACCUUUACGUGGAAUAAUAAUAUUCAUAUUUGCCAUUAAUCCUUUUAAAAAAAUCUUUGGAUAAAUGCUGAUGAAUUUCCAAGAACUACCAAGAAAAUACAAAAGAUAUCCAAUGCUUGAUAUAUGAGGCCUACUAAUAAUGAUAUUUCUCUUCAAUUGAUGUUUUGUUUUAAAAGUUAAAAUUCUUGGCCGGGCACAGUGGCUCACACCUGUAAUCCCAGCACUUUGAGAGGCUGAAGCAGGCAGAUCACCUGAGGUUGGGAGUUCAAGACCAGCCUGACCAACAUGGAGAAACCCCGUCCCUACUAAAAAUACAAAAUUAGCCAGGCGUGGUGGCGCAUGCCUGUAAUCCCAGUUACUCGGGAACCUGAGGCAGCAGAAAUGGCUUGAACCUGGGAGGCGGAGGUUGCAGUGAGCCAAGAUUGCGCCAUGGCACUCCAGCCUGGGCGACAAGAGUGAAACUCUGUCUCAAAACACACACACACACACACACACACACACAGUUAAAAGUAAUUAUCCAGAGUUGCUUUAGAAUUUACAAGUCACUUAUGUGUUUUGCCUGAAUUAAUCCUGACAGCCCCUAUGAGGAAAUCUGGAGUAACAGUUCCCAUGUUAGAGAUGAAGAACUGAGGCACAGAUUAAAGGACUUGCCUGUGCCGAAUACCAGUCCUGUUCCAGGACAUUCUCCCCUCCUCUACGGGACAGAUGUCACACACAAAUGGGGACAGAAGUGUUUAUUUUGUAGGCGUAAGGGUUUUUAAAACCCUUAACACUGGUGAGGGCUUAAAAAUAAAUGUAUAUGUUCAUAUUAAAUUACUGAAAUGAGAGUUAAUUGCUAAUUGACAAACGUAUUAGCAAUUUCAGUUAGGGAGUCAUCUCCCUUGAUUUUGUUCUUUUCCUGUCGAUUUUCAUAGAACUAAUUUGCAAACUCAAUCGGGGACUAAAAUUUCCCACUGAAAAUGUUAAACAUUUUAGAUAACUGUGAAAAUAGUUUAUUUUUAUUCCUUGCCAAUCUGGGAAUAUGCCUUUUAUGUGUGUUUGUGUGUUUUUUUAAGUGCUGUAUUAAUAAUACUUUCUGAAAGAAAAGGACACUUAUCCCAAAACUUCAAUCUGAAAUGUCUUACAUUAAGAAUAUCUUGAAUGUUGUGUAUAUAUUUUAAAAAGCACUUUGCAAAAUAGUUUGUACAUUUAUUUCCUAAUUUAUACAUGAUUUUUGGUGUUAAUAUAUUUAAUGAUUAAUAACAGAAUGUUUAUUUAAUGUGUUGUCCAUUUUUAUGUAAUAUUGUGAUGGAAAGUGAUGCCAGCAAUUCCUUCUCAUUAACUUACUCUAUCUUCUGUCCUAUGAAUGUUGAGAAAAGCUUAGGCUAACAUGAAUUGUUUGUGAAGUGUGGUUGAUGGUGCUUUGUUUUUUUCUGACUACUUCUAUGGAAGGCCAGUGGAGAAGCAAAGGAAGAUGUGAAAAUUGACGCUCAUUCUUCUUCUUGUUCCCUGACAUCCAGCAAAUUGUGAAUUUGAAAAAUGAUGACCACAAUUUUCAGAAGGGCUGACAAAUUCAUAUUGGUAUGCAAAAGCUCAUCACCCAUUAGGGUUUGUUGUUGAAUCGACAGUACUUAGCAUAUUAAAACAGUACAUCAGAACUCAUGCCAAGAGUCUUUAUGAAUGGGAUUAAGGUGGACAAGAUCUCCUAAGAUCUGAAAAGAAACCUUAAUACACUCAUAUGGUUGGAGUCUUAAGUAAACCUCUGAUUUUGUCAGAGUUUUUCUACGUAUAGGCUUGAAUAGGGGGCAUCCCUUCAAAACUGUACAAAGAAGACUUUUCCAUUUAAAAAUUUUUAGCCACUUCAUUUCUAUUUAUUGAACAGGUCAAAUUUGUCUUGUUAUUUGUGAGUACAGUACAUUUAAAAAACAUCCUUAUCGGUUAAUUUUUUUUUUCAGCCGGAGAUUGACGUAUAAAUUGUUCAUGCUUUUGGUGUAAUCUCUUAAUAAACUGGUUCUUCAAAAAUCAUCCUA